AAAAAGAAAUUAAAAAAACCUAGUAAAGAAUGUUGCAGAGUUGCUAUGGCGGCGUAGGUAAACAAGCGACAAGGCAGGCUGUCACCGUGACAACGGGUACACAAGGAGCUAGAAGGCAGGGAGAAAAUGAAUGAAAGAGCAGAGUGGAGAGAGAAAAUGAAAGAAAGAGCAGACGAGGGAAACAAGGAGGUUUCCUCAGAGGAGGAGGAGAGGAUUGUUGAGGAGGAAUGUGAAGAGGAGAUGAGGGAGGCUGCCCUUUCCGCAAUUUCCAUAAGGACACCUACCCCGUCCAAACAGAUUGUCCCCAAAACCCCGGAGGCAGUGGAUGACUUCCUGAGGAACUUUCUGCGAAGGGCCGGUCUGAACCAAACUCUGAAUGUCUUUGAGCCUGAAUGGUACGGAUCAGCUCAAAAGCUCCUGAGCGAAACUCUAAGGACGUCAUGGACAGGCGUCUUCAUUCCUGAUGCUCUCACACACAGGCAGCUCCUCCAGAGGGAGCUGGAGACGGUACGCAUGGAGACAGACCGCCUCAGACGGGACGUGCUGGUUGCGGGGGAGAGCCUGGUGAGGACACAGAGGGAGAGGGACUUCCACCGGCUACAGCACCGGCGGGUCGCUGAGGAGAAAAACAGGCUCAUCAAGGACUUCAAACAGCUGAAGAAACACCUGGAGUCCUACGAGCCGGUGCUCAGGCAGCUGGAGGACAAAUAUCAAGCAGCCCUGAGGGAGAAAUCGCUCAUCACUUUGGAAAAGGACAGAGUUCGAAACGCCACCGACGCAAGACUGAAUGAGGAGAAAUCCCAAAACCUGAAAGAGAGCAGCAUCAAAAGGAGCGACGGCGGUAAUACAUCACCAACCAAAACCAGACAUCCAAAGGACACAGAGUUUCCUGUCCGCAGCAGGCUGGUGAACCCCCCUCUGGCUCAGGGGACAUUUAACAAAUGGAAAAGCACCUUCAGCCUGUCCUUCUCCUUCGGAGCCCACAAACUUCCUAUCAGCUGCAUUGACCUUCAUCCACAAAAACUGAUCCUCGCCACCGCCAGUGAUGACCGCAGCUGGAGGCUGUGGGAGCUGCUACCCAACGAAGAGAAGGUUGGCCAGAUGCUGACGGGUGAGGGUCAUUCCGAUUGGCUGUCUGGCUGCUGCUUUCACCCUGAUGGAGCUAAACUGGCAACGACCAGUGGAGACUGUACGGUGCGGCUCUGGGAUUUCUCCCUCGGCCGCUGUGUGCUGCCGCUGGCCGGUCACAGUCAGCCCACCUGGGGCUGCUCCUUCCACUGCUGCGGCCACUUCCUGGCCUCCUGCUCCGCCGACCGAACCGCCAAGGUGUGGGACCUGAACAGCCAGCGGUGCAGGCUCACGCUGCGUCGCCACACCGCCUCCGUCAACAGCGUCUGCUUCCUGCCCCUCUCCAACCUGCUCCUCACGGCCUCGGCUGACAAGACCCUCGCCACGUGGGACGCCCGGCUGGGCGUUUGCACUGCCAGCUUCGAUGGACACCAGCACCCGUGCAACCACGCCGCCUUCAGCCCAGCGGCCGACGCCGUGGUGGCGUCCUGCGACACACGGGGCAUCGUCCACCUGUGGGACGUCAGGAAACCUGCGUUUCCGACGGCAACGGUUGAUGCCGGGCCACUGGCCGCCAACCAGGUGGCGUUCAGCCCGUCAGGGAAGACGCUGGCCGUCGCCGGCUCCGACGGUGUGGUCAGGGUGGUGCAGGUGGAUAACGGCGUGACAAGUAGCCUGUCGGGAUCUGGCGAUGGCGUGCAGAGCGUGACGUUCGACCACGAGGGAGAGACCGUGAUGUCAGCGGGGAGAGACGGGGUGAUCAGCGUUUGGGCGGGAAAGUGAGACCAGCUGUUUAUGCUUUGGAUGACGUUCAGUUUCCCAUC